AUGUCAUGGCAUUCCCCUGCUAAAGAUAGCUGUCUCCAAACUGAGCCAGGUUGUGCUCCUGUGGUGCCCCCAGCAACUGAAUCUGUGAUGUUUCCCUGGGAGCGUCGGCAGAUGGAUGGGCAGGGCACUCCACUUCGCACAUGGGAGUAUGUGUACUGGUGGGCGCUCGCUCUUGCAGUCGCCCUGAUGCUGUUCAAUACUUCCAAGUCAUGGACCAAAAAAGAGGAGGUUGAUGAAGAGGCAGAAGAACGCAAGCGUGAAUCGGCGCGCGCGGCAUUGGCUGGUAAGAGCUUCGUCGAUGGCGAUGACCCCUUUGAGGGCUUGACACCAAAGGAGAUACAGGCAGUAGUGGAGAAGAUGACGGGGGCGUCUGAAGAUGAUCCUUAUGAGGGCAUGACACCGGAAGAAAUCAACGAAUACGCAGAGAAGCACGGACUUAGCAAAGGCUAA